AAGUUGCUCUGUAUCGCGCGCACACCGAGCCGCUGGGCACGUGGGUUGGCGUGACAGCGCGAACCGUCCAUCUUGCCGCAUAGCUGCCGAAAGAAGCAGCGGUCGGCGCGCCCCUCGCGGCAAACGGCCUUAACAUCCCUGCUGCGCCGCGCCGCAUUAUCGGCCACGCCGUGAGCUCCGGAGCCUCGGUAGCGCGCCGAGCGAGUGCGCCUAUACUGUCUUGCACUCGCCAGCGUUGAGCUCAUGGCGGAAAUCAUCGACGCCGACAUGACGCCCGCCGCGGACUUGCGGCAGCAGAAGCGCAGCUUUGCAAAAGACAUCACCAACAAAGAUACGACGACGAGCUCGCGCAAGAAGUCGAAGCCGGAGUCCCCGCCGGAGGAGUUCGUGGGCGGCUGGUCCACGGAGGACCUCAGCAGUUCGGAGCCUCAUAGCGAUGCAACCGAAGAAUCAGAAGUGGCGCGGCGCACUUAUGGUAUGAAGGCGGUCGUCCAGCGCCGACACGCGCCCCAGAUCUCAAAGGACACCAAUUACUACGAGCACGUCGAGCCGAACGCGGCCAAGGCGGCGAAAGCUAGACAGAGCGGCGAGGGACUACUGACGUUUGUGCUGACGUCCGAGCAGCCCCUCGAGGAUAUGCCCAUCGACGGCGGAAUUUCUCACACGAGCCACGUGCCCGAGAUCUCGUCGGACGUCGUGGGCGUCCACGAAGCACGUUCUGCCGGUGCCAAAAACAGUAACGAGGUGCAAUCACGAAAGAAGCAGGGUCGAGGGAAGGGGACGAAAGGUCCUAAAUUGAAAGGAGUGACGCGGUCGCCCCCGUUCACCGUGUGGUUCGGCGACGAACUCGUGGGCAAGUACGAGGGCGGGUGGCAAUCUGCUCUGCCCGAUAUUAAGCGAAAGCGUCCGGGCGAGUACAUGACUCAAAACUUGCUCUCGUGCUUGCUCAACAUCAAGAGGGCAAAAAUACUCAAAGAUUACCCAAAAGUCAAGAAGGAGUACGAGGUUACGAAAUUCACCGCCAAGUACUAGUGUCCAGAUUAGCAAGAG